AUGGCAGAAAUUCUCGGGGUCGUCUCAGCCGCCAUCGGAUUUGGAACCGUCAUAGUGCAAUUCACCGAUUCCCUGCUAGUGCUCAAAGACUGCGUAGACCAAGUGCGCGAUGCACCCGACGACCUCAAGCGUCUACUGCAGAGCAUCGAGAUAGCCGGUUACGUCCUGGCUGACAUCGAGGAAGAUCUCGCACAGGAUGACGCGACGGCUGUUUCCGUGCUGCAGAGAAACAAGCACGCCCAGAAGAGUCUUCAGCUGUGCAUACAAGCGACGAAAACACUAGACGAUAUCUCCAAAGAGCUCGUCCGAGACAUACAACCAUCAGGCCCUGGUCGCUUGCGUAGGCACUAUGCGGCCGUUAAGGUGGUGCUUCAGCGCUCGAAAGUCGAGAAGUAUAUGGCUGUGCUACAGAAUGCUUUGCAGUUACUGCAGCUGUCUCAGCAGUGCUAUCUGCGGGCUAUGAUGCGGGUACAGCCUGAGUUGAUUGUCCAGAAAAUGGCACAGACUGCAAAAAGCAUCACAGAUGAGGAUCCUCCUCCGUAUGCAGAAGCUUCCUCUCAAAUUACCAAAAGGACAACAGGAGAAAUGCAGCAAAGGAGAGUAGAACCUACGUCGAAGUGGUCCUACCUCUGGCGACUAAAUAUGCCCACCUGGGUGACCAGCAAAGCCUUGGAGAUUACCGCUAGAAGGUUCCCUGGUGGCUGGGACUGGCAGCUCCGAGCCUACAGGGCGGUUCCAUGGGAGUCCGAGGUUAUCCAAUCUACAGCACAUGGUGACAUUGCAAACUUACAACGCCUUUUUGCCUCGGGGCAAGCAACGCCAUUCGAUCAACUUGAAGGGCCAUGCACAAGGGGACUGCUUGGAUACACAUUUGGUGGUGCAAAUGGAAAGGAAACUUUCGAAUUUCUUGUGAGCCAGGGAGCAGAUGUACAUAGUAGCGGCAACAACAUCGAAGAUACACUGGGUUAUCUGGUAUGGUCUGGGAGUAUGAGUGGAUUGACUUCACCGCUGCUUCCAUCUUUCCGCGCCUUCCUUUGCCACAUGCCUGACGUUAUCUAUGAUACGGAAGAGGAAGUUCUGGAAGGAGUUUUGAACGAGUUCCACGGUACGGCGGAAGAGUUCGCAUUUUUCCAGCGAGAAUUAUGCCCGUCAUUCUAUUCGAUGUCACAAGGGACUCGAACGGCAGUGGCCAUAGAAGCUACAUCAGGACACUGGGAUGCCUGUCAUCUGCCUGAAACAAUCAGAGCCAUUCUUGGACCCGGUCCGCUGAGAGCUGAGGAUCUCCAGUUAGAGAAGCAGUUGGUCCAUGUCGGUUAUAGGGACAGGACCACUCUAGUGCAAUGCGUUUCAAGGAAGGUUGGCCAAAAUUUGGCCAUGAUACAGCGUGAGGAAUACCUAUCUGGGUUCCAUAGGAAAACAUUUGUCGAGGAGUAUCCCCCCGGUCCCGCGAGAUCUAGAUAUACAUCGUGGGAUGGCUUAUUCAAAGAAUUUAUGGGUAUUGGGGCGGACAUACACCAGGUUGUUGAUGGAAGAACCCCCUUUCUGACAUUUUUGGUGGGAUACCUUAAAUGGGUGGAAGAACCGAAAUAUUGUGUGAUGUCCUGGAAGACAGGCUUCCGGGUGUGGUUGAAGGAUCUGCAGGCCGCCGGCGUUGAUUUGCAACAAUUCGGCGCAAAGGAGAAGAGGAUUUGGGAGAAACUUCCCGAUAGAGUGCGGGAAUACCUCUCCCAGGAGUUUCAGUAUUAUUAUUAUGAGCUAUGGCUCCGGCCACUCAUUGGAUUUAGCUAUGGUCCUUCUCCUGAUGACUGGGACAUAUGGGUGUCUGAAAAAUCAGAUUAUUAUGCAGGUGAAUUCUGGGAGAUGAUAGAGAUGGAACCUGAAGUGAUGCCAGGUGCAUGGCCGGUGGAAUGA